UCCGCCCCUCUCGCGCGCAAGCCUCCAAACUUAGGGGGUGUCUCGCCUCCUCCCGCCUCCAACCUCCCCACCCUCUUCCUCCAGCCGCCGGAGACACCCCCCCCAUCUCCUUGCCAGUGGCCGGGGCUUGGAAACUAAAACAGGAUUCCGGAUUUUGAUUAAUUUCCUUUUUCUCUUUCUCUUUUCCCCUGUAGCAGAAGAUCCGGCGUUCAUUCCCUUUGGUCAGUUUCCUGGUCAAUUUCAGCCUUCCCUUGGGAGCCGCAGUAUUCUUUUUUUUUUUCGCUCCGCGCCUGCUUACCCUCUUUGGCGAGGGGGGGGGAAAGGGGGGCAAUGAAGCCUUUUUAUAUUUUAUAUACAUCUAUAACCUUCAAGUGCCUCCCGAGCUCUGAACGUCGGGGAGAGGAGAGCAAAGCGCCUGGGGCCGUCUCCCACGUGUUGAGAAAGUUUUCUUAGACCUAGAUCGGGAUUUUUUGGGGGGGAGGGGAGUUGUUGAUUUGGCUUCCAGGGGGUGGAAGAAGCCCCCCCCUCUCUUUUGAGACCAGGAAGUUUCGAGGCUGAAAAAAAAGAGAGCAAAGUUUUCUCCCUCUCCUGCGACUCACGCCUCUGGGAUUCAGGAAGGAAACUAUGGCCUAGGAGUCAAAAAUUGUUCCGAAAGGGGAAAGCGCCCGCUUGGAUUUCCUUUUUUCAACUCUCUAAAGGUUGUUGGCUUGAAGGCACAGCUCUUGGCUUGAAAGAGGAGCAGAGAUUUUUUUCUCCCCUUUUUCCUCUUUUUUUUUUAAACCUCCUUUCCGUCGACAACAGACGAUGAGCGCACGGCGAGCUUGGAAUUAUAAAGAGGGAAAGCCGGAGAAGCUCCCAGCUGGAAGAAUUUGAAGGGGAGUUUUUACAGACGGGGAAGGAAACAGAGGGGUGUGUGUGUGUCUCUCUGUGUGUAUUUGGGCUUGUGGACCAGAUGGGGUGGUAGAGACGAAGGGGAGAAACUCAACUCUGCUGUUAAAGAAGGCUCUCCAAGGAUGGGGGGCGGGUUGUGUACCCGGAGGCAAAAGAGCCUUUUGCAAACCGGGUUUUGCCUGGUGGCCUUGGCCUGCCUGGGGUCGGGGGCUUUUUUAUACAAUCAUCUCCAAGAGAAGGUGAAAGCCGCCGAAGCUCUGGCUUCGAAAUACAAGCAGCAACAGGAUGCGCUCUCGGCCCAGCUGCAAGUUGUUUAUGAACACAGAUCCCGGCUUGAGAGGUCUUUGCAGAAAGAACGAGGUGAACACAAGAAGACAAAAGAGGAUUUUUUAGUGUACAAGUUAGAGGCUCAAGAAGCCCUCAACAAAGAGAAGCAAGAUUCCAUGAACCGAUACGGCGCCCUCAGCUCCCAGCAUAAAAUCCUGAAGAACCAGCAUGAAGAGGUGAAGAAGCAGCUGAUUGACCUUCAGCUCCAGCACAACGGCUUGAAGCUGGAGCAUCGCAAGAUCACAGAAGCCCACAACCAGAAAUAUGCCCAGUUGCAACGGGAGAAAGACAGCGAGAUUGCGGGUUUGCAGGACACAAUUUACAAACUGCGAGAAGAGAGUAAGUUGCUUCGGAAGGCGCACCAGGAUAUUCAUUCGCAACUCGUCAGCGCUCAGGUCCAGAUGGAAGAGUUCAGACAGCUGAAGGAGACGCUACAAAAGAUGCCAAGUUUCAAGGAAGCAGGGGUUGGGGAGAUUCUGCCAAAGCCACCCUCUAAAGACCAGCCCCAGGGACCAGGAUCUGCCCCGUUGCAAGCUGCUAGACUGAAGGUCUCUACAGGCAACGAAGCAAAAGUGCCUCUUGGGCCUCAGGACCAGUUGGCCGCUCCAGCUAGGAACUCCCCCCAUGCCGAAGACCCUGUCAUCAAACACCCUGGGGAAGGGAACCCAGCCGAAGUCCGGGCUUCUCAUGGCAAUCAGGAGCUUCGGCCCCAAGGCAACAUGCCGUUCGGCCAGCUGGCCCCGCUGGACGGAGCUCGCUCGCCACCCGAAGCCUGGCCUCAGGCCGCCCAGAGAGAGAGCCCCAUUGUCCGCUUCACAAGGAUGGUAAACAGCUUUCAGAAGGAGGAGCAAGACCCAAAUAUUGUGAAGAAUUCGCAGGGAGAAAGUGAGCGGAAGGCACCUUCGGAGGCUCUGGCACCCGAGUUCAGGCUCCCUCUUGUUUCCUUGGAAGAAGAGGGGGUGGAGAAGGAACGGAUCCAGUCCGAUCCGGCGGCACAGAGCAGUUGGCAAGACAUAGUCAACAAAGUGAAUGCCCAGAUGGACGAGGGACAGGCGCCAGCGUACCCACACCAUCUUGCCCAAGGUGCUAGACCUGUGCCAGCCAUGGCCAAUGGGCAGCCAGAACCGGACAGCCAACAGAGGAGGGCAGCUCAGCCACAACCAGCUAGCUGGGCAGACGGUAAAGGAGACAUGGAUGAACUUCAAAUGGAUGCCGGCAUGAUUGAUCGAGAGGACAACUCCCGCACUCGGAAAGAGACUAUCAUCCUGCAAGCAGCGGUACCUGAUAAUGCCUCGGAUCCUGCCCAAGACCCCAAUAACCAAGGGGAAGAUGAGUUUGAGGAGGCGGAACUGGAGCGUCCCGAAUUCGAAGAGAGAGCGGGCCAGGCCGAUGAACCGGGCCAAACCAACCAGCCUGCGAAAGGUGUCACCAAGGAGAAGAUCCGUAAGGAAGCCGGAGCACCCAAAAAAAGAGCAGAUUAUCUGAUGGAUGAUUACCAGGAAGACGAGGAACAAGAUCUUGUACGAAGCCCAGGAAGACCACCAAGGCGACGCGGAGGACCCUGACGACGCAGAGCUGGCCCACGAACCCAGAGGCCCUGUGGGGAGAGUUCACAAAAAAGAAGAUUACUACUGAAGGCGCUCGGAACCAUUUCGGGAAGGAAAAAAAUCCAGAAGCCGCCGUUUCCGCUGGAAGGACUUAGCACCGAUUUGUGUUCCCGGUGGCUCAAGAUCCACAGGGACAAACGCCGAUAUAUCCGGGUGUCUGCUUAGCAGGAGCUGGAGCCGGUCGCCUGUGAAGCCGAGAGGCUCUUCUGGAGAUCUGAACGAACUUGACUGCAGGUCAAGAAUUAAAUGAGAUUUCUCUUUCCGUAACCCCCCGUCCUUUCAGGACUGAUUAAGGUUUUGGCCACGAAGGAAUGGCUGGCACGAUGCGACGAGGGUUGGCUAGCCUUAGGCCGACGCCACCUCUGUCUGUUCUUGCCCCAUCUCAGGCACACCCGGCUGCUUUUUAAUGUGAAGUAUAUUAAAAGGAGGCAAACCGUUUUGAUCGCGAACCCUCUUGGGCAUUGCUGUCUGUGGGUGUUGUGGGAACGAUGUGGGGGUGAGGUGGGCUGGCCUCUGGCAAUCACAGCGUCGACAGAAGCCUUUGUGUUCGAGGGGAAAGUGUGUAGUCAGCAUGCUUCCUCGCAGGUCGUAGCGGCGUUUACUCGCAGGUAAAUCGACGGGCGUCGGCCUUUGCAACUGGAGGUGAGCUUCUAACAGGGAACUCAGGGUGGGGACUGGAGCCAAAACGCAAGAGGGAAGCAUGCUCAGAAUAAACCUGAGUGGCGCAGAAGGUAUGGCAGAGAAAAACAGUGGAGAAAACAAAGCCCAACGCUGGGAGAAAUGAGAAUCCAUGUGCUGCACCAGCGUUCAAAUGAUAGGGACAGGAUUUUGUUUUUAUUUUGCCUACAAAUCCCAAAACUCUCCCUUCUGGGAGUUCUACCUGACAUCUUUAACUAUGG